AGGGGAAGGGGAGUGGAAAUAGUGUGAAUGUUAAGAAGGUGUUUGGAUGAUAUUGAUGAUCAUUUUUUGAAGGCGUCAGAGAGUGCUCAUGAGGUUUCGAAGAUGUUGGAGGCGACCAGGAUGCAUUAUCACUCAAAUUUCGCUGAUAAUCGAGGACACAUUGACCACUCUGCAAGAGUCAUGCGAGCUAUCACAUGGAACAGAUCAUGUAAAGGCAUGAAAGAUGAGAAUGAUGGAAAAGAUGAUUUCGAUAAUGAGGAAUUGGAAACUCAUGCUACUAUUUUGGACAAAAUGUUAGCAUGGGAAAAGAAGUUAUAUAAGUCUGAUGCAGGUGAGCUAAUGAAAAUUGAAUAUCAGAGAAAAGUUGCUUUGUUGAGCAAGCAAAAGAAACGUGGUUCCAGUCAUGAAACACUGGAAAAGACUAAAGCAGCUGUCAGUCAUUUGCAUACAAGAUACAUAGUUGAUAUGCAGUCAAUGGAUUCCACAGUUUCAGAGAUCAACCGUCUAAGAGACAAACAGCUUUAUCCGAAAUUAGUGGCUCUUGUUGAUGGGAUGGCAACCAUGUGGGAAAAAAUGUUCAUGCACCACAGCAGCCAGCUCAAGAUCGCUCUAUUGCUCAGAAACCUCGACAUAUCACUUUCUCCUAAAGAAACAAGCGAACAACACCACGAAACAACUCGUCAACUCUAUAGCAUCCUUCGAGAAUGGCACGCUCAGUUUCAGGGUCUAAUGAAGCAUCAAAGAGAGUACAUUCAAGCCCUCAACAGCUGGCUCAAGCUAAAUCUUAUCCCAAUAGAAAGCAACUUGAGGGAGAGAGUCUCAUCACCUCCAAGAGUAAUCCGACCUCAAAUCCAACCUCUGCUUCAAGCUUGGAACGAUUUGCUCGAGAAACUUCCGGAUGAUAGGCCGAGAGGCAUUAUUCAUACAUUUGCAGAAGUUGUUCAUACUAUUAUUAUAAUACAAGACGAUGAGUUGAAACUUAAAGAGAAGUGUGAUGAGACUCGGAGAGAGUAUAUUAGAAGAAGUCGGGCCUUUGAUGAUUGGUAUCGUAAACAUUCUGAGAAAAAGGCAGCAGCUGCUGCUGCUGGAUGCGCUUCCAUCCCAAGGCGUAUGGAUUGGCCCCUGAUUAAAGAUCAGGAUGAAGUUGUUCUCGGAACCCUGCCUUUUCAAGGGGUCCACACAGUUGGUUACAACAGACUGGUGACAGCUUUACGGCCAGGCUUGUUUGCUAAAGAAUAUCUUGUCGGUGAAGUGGCCAGUCCGGCGAAUACCUUUGUCAAGAAGUUUAUGGCAAAGAAAGGAGAGCCGAUUGAUGCUCUUGCUGUUGAGGUGAUCUACCCAGCUGUUCUUUUGGCGCAUGGGAGGCCUGUGAGCCUCCUUACUGCUAUGGUGGAUUGCUUGCAGAAUGGACUGCGUGAGUUGGCUUUGGAUUUCACUGAUGUUACAGAGGUUGAGUCUGGGGGUAACAAGGCUUUCAAAACUCCCAACCCUAGGGUGCCAUUGCCUUAUACCUAUUUAAUGGCUUGGUAUGUGCUUCACUGCCCUCCCCUAAUGAGUGCAUCCUCUCCCCCAGGAGACUCAUUUACCCCGUUUGUGCAACGACUAGAAUCUGCAAAAUGGGAGGGAGGUUGUACCAGAGCAAUCUUCAGGCUUCCUCACAAAACACCCAACUCCUACACUUCCAUGAGCUUCUGCAACUGGUAUUUUGCUGCUUCCCGGACUCCUAAUUACAACUUGAAUACGUCUUGCCUAAAAGACAUCAGGCAUAUGUAUGCUUCGAGAAGGGGGUCAAAGACAUCCCGCCUGAGAGGGAUUGACGAGUUUCUAUCCGUUGAGAAUCAGCCUGCUGGGCAGGAAGAAGAACAAGGAGCUGAGCCUGUUCUAGGAGAGGAGCAACAAGUGGUUGAUUCUCCCAUGACAAGAGCAGCGGGGAAAAGAAAACUCUCUGCGGAUGAAGCCGGCCUAUACAAUAAGCAGAUCCGUCGGAAGUAG